AUGGGAACCGUGGGGAUUGACCACAUCGCGAUGCCCACCGCCGACGCCGAGCGGUUGAUGGCGUUCUAUAAGAAACUGGGUUUUGCCAUCAACGACGAGGAAGCAUGGCGGGCCGGGACGGCCAACAUCUACUCGAUCCAGAUCGGCGAUUCCAAGAUCAACGUGCACCCUGAAGGGCACCUGGCCGACUAUCGGGGACCCACGGCCGUGCCUGGGUGUACGGACAUCUGCUUCGUAUGGGAUGGCACGGCUCAAGAAUGCCAACAGAUGCUGGCAGACGCCGAGGUCGAAGUGAUUCGAGGGCCGGGUCCGCGUAAGGGCGCGCGCCAGCGAGGCGUACUGCCAGCGGUGAGCCUGUACGCCAGGGAUCCGGACAACAACCUGCUGGAGUGGAUGAUUUACCAGUAA